AUGAGCGGCUCAGUUGGAGACCUGGGCCUCCAGGAGCAGGAGGCGGUGGCCAAGUUUCGAGAGAACCUUCAGGACCUGCUACCCACCCUGCCCAAAACUGGUGACUAUUUUCUCCUGUGCUGGCUGGCUCCAAGGUGAGGCCGGACUUGGAAAUUUGACCUGCAGAAAUCUGAAGACAUGCUCCGCAAGCACAUGGAGUUCUGGAAGCAACAAGACCUGGACAACAUCCUUGUGUGGCAGCCCCCAGAGGUGAUCCAGCUGUAUGACUCAGGGGACCUGUGCGGCUAUGACUACGAAGGCUGUCCCGUGUGGUUUGACAUCACUGGGACCCUCGACCCCAAGGGCCUCUUACUCUCAGCCUUCAAGCAGGAGGUAAUCCGGAAGCGCAUCAAGGUCUGUGAGAUGCUUCUGUACCAGUGUGAGCUGCAGAGUGAGAAGUUGGGCAGGAAGAUCGAGACAGCGGUGAUGGUGUUUGACAUGGAGGGGCUGGGCCUGAAACACUCGUGGAAGCCUGCCGUGGAGGUCUACCAACAGUUCUUUGCCAUACUGGAAGCAAAUUAUCCUGAGACACUGAAGAAUUUAAUUGCUGUGCGAACCCCCAGACUUUUCCCCGUGGCCUUCAACCUGGUCAAGUCAUUCAUGAGUGAAGAGACACACAGGAAGAUAGUGAUUCUGGGAGCCAACUGGAAGGAGGAGUUGCUGAAGUUCAUCAGCCCUGACCAACUACCUGCAGAGUUUGGGGGGACCAUGACUGACCCUGAUGGCAACCCCAAGUGCCUGACCAAGAUACAGGGAAUCAACUACGGGGGUGAGGUGCCCAAGAGAUAUUACGUGCGCAACCAGGUGAAGAAGUAGUACGAGCAUACGGUGACUGUGGGCCGCGGCUCCUCCCUGCAGGUGGAGAACGAGAUCCUCUUCCCAGGAUGUGUGCUCAAGUGGCAGUUUGACUCAGAUGGGGGGGACAUUGGCUUUGGUAUCUUCCUGAAGACCAAGAUGGGGCAGCGACAGCGGGCAGGCAAGAUGGCAGAGGUGCCCAGCCAGCGUUACAAUGCUCACAUGGUGCCCGAGGACGGGAGCCUCACCUGCCUGAGGGCUGGCAUCUAUGUCCUGCGCUUUGACAACACCUACUGCCUGAUGCAUGGCAAGAAGGUCAGUUACACUAUGGAGGUGCUGCUCCCCGACAAGUCCUCCGAGGAGAAGAUACAGGGUCUUGAGGCAACAAGGCCCCCUCUCCAGCACAAUGAAGACCCCGGCCACCCCUGUCCCCUGCUGGCCACCCUCCGUGCAGCUCCUCACCCUCCAUGCAGCGAUAUCCAGAGCCCCUGA